AAGUUGGGGGGCGGCGGCGGGGCCACGUGCGCGGGGCCGCCGGUGGCGGAGGAGCCGCCGCAGCAGCAGCAGCAGCAGCACCGGGGCCGUGCCCGGGGCCGUGCCCGCAGCCGCCAUGGAGCACGCCGGCCUUUUUCCCCCGUUCCCCGCCGCCACCACCGCCCGCCUGCCCGCCCAGCCCGCGCCCUCCCCGCCGCCGCCCAACCGGGCAGCCGAGACCACCCGGCUCAUCACCGACCCGCUCUCCGGUCGCUCCUACUGCAAGGGCCGCCUGCUCGGGAAGGGUGGCUUUGCACGAUGCUACGAAAUGACAGACCUCUCCAGCAACAAAACCUAUGCUGUGAAGGUCAUUCCUCACAGCCGGGUGGCUAAACCCCACCAGCGGGAGAAGAUCACCAACGAGAUCGAGCUGCACCGCGACUUGCACCACAAGCACAUCGUCAAGUUCUCCCACCACUUUGAGGACGCGGAGAACAUCUACAUCUUCCUGGAGCACUGCAGCCGGAAGUCGCUGGCCCACAUCUGGAAGGCCCGCCAUACCCUGCUGGAGCCUGAAGUGCGCUAUUACCUCAAACAAAUCAUCUCCGGCUUGAAAUACCUCCACCUCAAGGGCAUCCUGCACCGGGACCUCAAGCUGGGCAACUUCUUCAUCAACGAAAACAUGGAGCUGAAAGUGGGGGACUUCGGUCUAGCUGCUUGCCAGGACGCCUCUGACCAGAAGAAAAAGACAAUCUGUGGGACCCCCAACUACCUGGCCCCUGAAGUGCUGCUGCGGCAGGGCCACGGCCCGGAGUCGGACGUGUGGUCGCUGGGCUGCGUCAUGUACACCCUGCUGUGUGGGAACCCUCCCUUCGAGACCUCGGACCUCAAGGAGACCUACAGGUGCAUCAAGCAGGUGGAGUACACCCUGCCUGCCUUCCUCUCCCUGCCUGCCAAGCACCUCAUCGCCGGCAUCCUCAGGCGCAACCCCCAGGACCGCCUCACGCUCGAGGAGAUCUUGGACCAUGAGUUCUUCAAGGGCUACACGCCGGAGAAGCUCCCUCCCAGCAGCUGCGUGAUGGCUCCGGAGCUGAGCCCCCCCAACCCAGCAAAGAGUCUCUUUGCUAAAGUCACCAAGACGCUCUUCGGGAAGAAAAAACCCAAGGCCAAGAAGGGCCCUUCGGAGGACAAGGACGACAUCUCCAAGCUGGUCACCGGGCUGAUGAAGACCUCGAUCUGCCGGCAGAUAAGCUACAAGACGGUGGAAGGGAAUGAGGCCACCCCCGGGUCCUGCCGCAGCACCGGCUCCAGCCCCGUGGAGACGCUGGUGGAGGAGACCUCUCACAAGUCCGUGUCCCCGUCCAUCCGGGGGACGAUGGCCAGCAGCUGCGAGGCCUUUGAAGACUGCAUCACCGCCUCUGCCAUCAUCGAGUCGGCCGUCCGGCUCCUGCGGACCUGCCUCUCCUGCAUGCCCCCAGCGGACAGAAACCCAGCUUCCCUGGCCCGGCACGAGCAGUUUGUCUGGGUGAGCAAGUGGGUGGACUACUCCAACAAGUACGGCUUCGGCUACCAGCUCUCCAACCGCAGCAUCGGGGUCCUCUUCAACAACGGCACGCACAUGGCGCUCUCCCCCAACCACAAGACGGUGCAUUACAACCAGACCAACAGCAAGCACUUCGCCUUCCCCGUGUCCGCCGUCCCCGAGCAGCUGCAGGGGCAGAUGAGCGUGCUGCGCUACUUCGCGUCCUACAUGGAGCAGCACCUCAUGAAGGGAGGUGACUUGCCGAGCAUAGACGACCUUGGGCAGCCAGCCCUGCUCCUCCUGCAGUGGGUGAAGACGGACCAGGCCUUGCUUAUGCUCUUCAGCAGUGGCACCCUCCAGGUGAACUUCUACAAUGACCACACCAAGGUGAUCAUCAGCAAGCCUGACCACUCCUGCCUUGUCACCUACAUCAACCGGGAACGCAACUCCUACACCUACAAGCUGGGCAGCAUCCAGGAGCUGGGCUGCUCGCCGGAGCUCCAGCAGCGCCUCCGAUACAUCCUCAAGCUCCUCCAGGAGCGGGCCGAUGCCUAGCGUGGUGCUUUGGAGAGACCUUCUCUGGACGUAGAGGUCUCUUCUUGCCUUCCCAUGGGAUGGGAGGUGCUUUGUGGUGCUCAGCUGGACUCCGGACCUCAGCGGCUACCCGCUGAACACACGUGGCUGUGAUUAUGGCAGCAGGUCUGCACACCCGUGCUGCUCCCUGGCUGUGGGCAAUCGCUGCCUUUUCCCCUCUGCAUGGCCAUGAGCUCGAGGCUUGGUGCUGUGGGGUGGAGAAGGCCCCCCCCCACGGGGACGGGCAGGGGUGUGGGGCGCUGCGUGGGCUGGCUCGUGCUGCUCCACAACUGCUACACUAAGGGGGGGCCAAGCUGGGCCCCGGCUGCUCCUGAAUUGUGACUUGUCUGGUACAACUUGAGGUUUGGUAGAGGGCAGGGGGAAGGGUUCUGUGGGCUUGCCUGGAAAAGCCCCUGUGUGGCUGUGACCUAGGGCAGGUUUCUUGUUUCGAGGCAGUCUCUGCCAGGUUGGGACUAUUUAUGCAUCUUAUUUAUAUGGAAUUAUUUAUUUUCUCUCGGUCUGUCCAUGUGCAGCUCCCCUGUCCCUGACUUACCUCAAUAAAACUUUGUGUAAGGGCAA